GGGUCGGCUUUGGCAGAGCCCCGAUGGUGCAGCUGGCCGGGCCGGGGCCGCGCGGGGCGGGAGCGCGCUCGCCUCGCCAGGGCUGGCGGCACUCGCGGCUGCUCGGCGCGGCGGCGCCGGCCGUGCGCUGAUGGGUACCAUGGACUUUAAGGCAGAUGCCAGUGCAGUCACCAUCAAUCUGCUGCUUAUUGUGCGCCCCGAGGAGGCAGCGAGCAAGGAGAAAGGGCAGCGAGAGGGGCAGACGGAAGGCGGCCGAGGCGCAGGUUCCAAGGGUGAUGGCAAUGGAAACAGCAGAUCACAGGCAGCUCAGGGCACAGACCUGAACGGCCGGCGUGGCCCCACGGGUCCCCGUGAGCAGACACCACCCAUCACCUCGGGCACUGACAAAGGAACCCAAGUGACAGUGGAGAUUCACCACGAGGACACCAGCCCUCAGCUCAUCAAGAGACUCUCCUUGGGAAAAGGUUCCCAGAGGCUGAGAGGACAUGACAACAAAGGUGAAGCUCUGCUCUGUCAAGCUCUGCUCUGUUUCCAGAAGACUGAGGCCCCACGGCCACCAGGAGCAAAGGACCUCCAUGCAUAUCCAUGGGACAAAUCCUCUUUGAAAUCCAUGCCAGUAGAUCUGCAGCAAUUAAAGAAGCUGGAUGCCUACGCAUUAAAAGUGAACGUCACCAACAGCGUGGAGGAGCUGGUGAAAGCCCUGCUGAAACAAGCCCGGACGGACCUGGAAAAGGUUCGAGCCAUAUGGAUGUGGAUAUGCCAUCACAUAGAAUACGACGUCGUGGGCUACCACAACAAAAGCCAGCUGUCGAGCAAGCCCAGAGACGUGCUUCAGAUGGGCAAGAGCAUUUGUGAGGGCUAUGCCGAGCUCUUUGAACAUAUGUGCAGUCUUGCAGGGAUUCAGUGCAAGAAGCUCUCGGGACAUGCCAAAGGACACGGGUACAAGACAGGGCAGACCUUCACAGGGGACUCUGACCAUGCCUGGAACGCUGUGUACCUCGAGGGAAGGUGGCAUUUACUGGACAGCACCUGGGGGAGCGGCUCUGUGGAUGAUUCCUUCACCAAGUUCACCUACAGGUACAAUGAGUUUUACUUUCUGACUCACCCAGCCCUGUUCAUUAACAAUCACUUCCCAGAUAACAGUAACUGGCAGCUUCUUAAGCCCACGCUGACGCUGAAGGAGUUUGAGAACAACAUGCUGCACAACAGCAACUUCUACACGCUGGGGCUGCUGGCUGCACACCCAGAGACUCCCAUCAUCCGAACAGUAAAUGGAAAAGCCUCUGUAUCCGUGGACUGCCGCUCCGGCACGUUAUUUAUGUUCAAGCUGAAGGGAACAGACGAACACGGUUUGAUGACUUUGAAAAGACACGGAAUGCAGCUGGAUCUCUACCCACAGAAGACGGGGAGCCACAAGCUGGAGAUCUUUGCCAAGCCCUCCAAGGCCGAGGCUUCGGAUGACGUCUACAAGUGCGUGCUGGAGUACGUGGUGGAGUGCGAGUCCGUGGACAAGGCCAUGCGCUUCCCCAAGGAGCUGCACCAGCCCGUGGGGCCCAGCUGGUUCUCCGAGCGCCAGGGCUUCCUGCGGCCCUCGCACGGCGAGCCCGUCCUGCACACCAACGACGGGCGCUGCUCCCUCACCUUCACCCUGAGCAAGGACAUCAGCGUCCUGACCUCGCUGCACAGCGACGGCAGCGGCAGCCUCGCGGAGGACAUGGGCAGGCGGCACGUGCUGCAGGUCCACCGCAGGAACCAGGUGGAGCUGAAGGUCCAGCUCCCGCACGCGGGGAGCUUCGUUCUCAAAAUCUACUCCAAGAAGAAGUCGGACCCGGGUAAUUACGAUUACAUCUUCAACUACCUCAUCAGGUGCCUGAACACGGAGGUGAAGUGGCCAGCCUUCCCCCAGAGCUACAGCAAGUGGCUGCAAGACUACGAGAUCCUGGAGCCGCUCUCGGGCCUGCUGCCGGCCAACCGCAACGUGCACUUCAAACUCAAAAUGCACGGCGUUGCCAAGGUGCUGGUCCAGGCUGAGAACACCUACCCCCUCACCCAGAACAAGGGCUGCUGGGAGGGAACCUGCAACACCUCGGGGUGCAGAGAGGUGUUUGUGAUGGUGCACGAGAACGCCAACCACAGCUUCUACUCGCACGUCCUCAAAUACGAAGUUGAGGCCCAGUAACACCCACUCCUUGUUCUUUCACUCACCUGCAUGAACCAACCUCCCCAACACGCCCUAAACCAGCACAGCUUUAGGAGAUUGCUCAUUCUCUCAACCAAAUCUGUUCUUUCAACAAAUGCAGGACAACACUUGCAGGCUUUUAUGAGACUGCAGGCUCAAAGAUGGUCAAGGAAGCAGAAAAUCCUGUUAAAAAAAGGAGCAGCAGUGGAAGACAUGAGAUAAAACCAUCACCUACAGUUCAGUAACACUGUCCAGACAAAUAUUUAGAAGAAAACAACUGACUUGUUUUCUUUCAAACACAGAAUGUCUCUGUAGGACAUUCUGUGCCAGCAGGGAUUGCUGGUUUCCAAGUUAUGGACCAUAAGAAAAGUCUUACGAGUGCUACUCCAAGAAUUCACCUAGUUGUGGGGCAGGAUGAAGAAAGUGUACCCUGGUUUUGAGCAGCCACAUUGGACAUGAGGAACUUCAGGAUAUUUAAACCAACUUUCAUUACAACUGUAGUCAAGUUGCAAAAUACAUCCGAGGAGAGAGAAGAGUUAGGAAGAAAAUACAACAUGAAGUUUCCUUGUGCACUUCACUGUCUUACAGAUUUCAAUAGUACAGGAAAUUUUUUUUUUACACUGAAUCUUAAAUACAAUAAACAAAAUAAUUUUUACCUUUUUAUAUUAGAGUAUCGUAGAGACUUCUUCUGCUGUAAUUAUAUCUGAAGCAUAUGGGUGUUUCCAUAAGGAAAACUACAGUAAAAAUGAGAAUAAAGCUCUCAGAAAUCACUCCUUCCUCCAACCUGUCUGUGCAAUACUGCAGCUAUAAACUGACGGGGUUACGUGGGACAGCAGGCUGAGUGACAUUAUUAUCAUGUAACAAACCAUUUGGUGCUGUACUCUUGGAAAAUGCCUCCAUGCACAAGGCAAAGAGGGGCUUCUACUGAAUCCCACCACUACUGCACAUCCUGAGAUGGAGCAACAUUUUUCUAACUGAUUCAGAUGCCCGUGAACGUUAGCAUGACCCAAGAGAUAUUAUGUUUGAGCUUGAAUUGAAAAUAAAUCUGUUAUGGUUUUGCA